AUGUCCGAUAAAGAGAAGAAGUCCAAACGCUCGCUGAAGGGCAGGGUCUUCCAAUGUACUGGGUUCCCCAAUUGUAAUAAGUCGUUUACGAGGUCAGAGCAUUUGGCCCGCCACCGUCGAAAGCAUACGGGUGAGAGACCAUUCACGUGUCCUCACUGCUCUAAGAAUUUUUCCCGUUUAGAUAAUCUUCGUCAACAUAAACAAACGGUGCACGCAUAUGAGAAUUACAUCAAGAAACGCCCGCUGGGACAGCAGCUGGCGCGCCCAGAGGGUCCGGAGAUGUUGCCAGGCACCCCGCUGCAAUUCGGGCCGAAGUUGUUUUCUCCACCCAGCCUGGGUUCGCCUCCGUUUGCACUGGUUUACUACGAUCACUACGGCUCUGAAGAUGCUCGCUCAGGAGUGCAAACUCUGGGGGUGCCUGCUGGUUUACCUCCCAUUCACCUGUUCAGUCAAUUUCGCUCCCAACACGAGCAGGAAACUAAAGGUCAUGGCGGUGAUGAAACGACGAGCCUGUUGCGUCAAGUCCCAAAGUUUAACCCAAAGAACAGACCAAAGCCUUUGGCACUUGCGCACUCAUUCGCUGACGACAAUGCCAUAAACAAUCGCACCCAAACUCCCACAUUCUCCGUGGAACCUCCACUCAAGACGGCACCAGCGAUGUCGCUGUUUCCAUCAUAUAGCCCGUCCCGAAGUCUUCUAGGGCAUGGUAUGGCAUACGAAAUGGGUAAUGGCUCUGGAUAUGGUUUGGGGCUCCCACAUGGUUACGGCAAUGGCCUUGGAGCAGGUCCCACAUACCGGGGAAUUGGCUCUACACCAAGCUGGAAGCUUCAUCAUUUUAAUCCCAUGAUGGUUUCCCCUUUGCUGCCUCUCUUCCAUCAGCUGUUUAACCAAAUCCCUCCUAAUUCGUCCACACUUUUCCCUCUGCAUUCGGUCUCUCGAGUUUCUUCUACUCUGGCACUGGCUCUGAAUGUCCUGUUACCUUCUAUCACUAGUAUUUCGUCUAGCAAAGAAGAGGAAAGCAAUGGAAAUGAUGCUGAUGCCAAUGACGAAGUCACUUCUACCGGUGCAGUACUUGAUAAGUCUUCGUCAAUUGUUACUGUGAAGCUUGAUCUGAAAGUGAGCGAGGAGAGGAGGCCCUGGCUUAAAAACAUGCUUAAUGAGGAACCUAAAAAACUUGCCAUCGACACCCUCAUCACUCCUGGUGAGGAAGAUUCUGAUUCUCUGAAGAAGAAGGAAGAACAAUGA